UUCGUUUUGGCUGGAGUGGUACCGAAGCGGCAUGUUUAGUUAAUCGAUGAAUUAUUUAGCCAGGCCAGUGAUAUUUGCUUAAUUUCACGCUGCGGUUCAACAAACCACAAACAAAACGUGUCUUGUCAUUAAAACGGAGCACACCUUUCCUGCAAAGAGACACGAGUGUGCCUUCAUGACAAAGUUUUAAGGACAACAUAUCCCAAGCAGAUGUGGCCGUGUUUGCCUUUACCAGGAUGUUCUUUUGGGACAGCAGCAGCUACACAGACGAUGAAGACGACGAUCCACUUUGCAGUUGCCAAGGCAUCAACCUCACCAAUUGCCGCCAUGACAGUGUGCGGCGUGCUGCUCAGAAACUCGGCAUUAAAGAGGUGCAGGUGGGUGAAGACUGGACGCUGUUCUGGACCGACGCUCGCCCCUGUGAGGACAAAUUUAAGGAAUUGAAACUAUACCAGGUACAGCCUGUUCAAAACAUACGCUAGGGACAAAGAC